AUGUUAUGCAGACUGCAGCUCAGGACCUGCCAUAGCACCAGCCCCGUAUGUCCUGCACCUGUCAAAGUAUUGUAUGAUGGGCUCUGUCCCAUAUGUGUGACAGAGAUCCGGUUUCUCCAGUUUCUACAGAAGAAAAGACCAGGCAGUGUGGACUUCAUUGAUAUUUCUCUCCCAGGAUAUGACGGAGCGAAGCACAAUGGCAUCAGUUAUGAGAUGGCAAUGGAGGAAAUGCAUGUUAUAGAUGAGAAAAAUACGGUCCACAGCGGAGUUCCUGCUUUCUCUGUCAUGUACUCUGCAGUGGGACUUGGAUGGCUGGGACGCAUCCUCAUGUGGCCGCCCAUAAGACCCUUAAUGGACAAAGCUUACGAUAUCUUUGCCAGAAACCGCCUCAAGUGGACGGGCCGUGGAUCCGAGUGCACUGAUGGACGCUGUGAUAAGAAAUCAAACUGA